CUCUCUCUCUGUCUCUGUCUCUCUCUCUCCCAGUCAGUCUCUCUCUUUUCUCCUCUGAGCAGCUCCACUUUCUCGGCGACAAAAUGUAUCUUGCACAGAGACUCAUCGGAGGAAUCAUCGACGUCGUGUCCAACAUCGACCCUGCGCAGUUCGUGCCCUCAGACCCUCCUCCUCCUCGCAGACCCCUGAACUUUGCUGAGAGUCAUGAGAGCGAUGAGGAGAAGCAGUUCCGCAGAGUUUUCAAGCAGCUGGCCGGAGACGACAUGGAGGUGAGCCCCAAUGAGCUCAUGAACAUCCUCAACAAAAUCAUUUCCAAAAACUCCCAGCUGAGGACGGACGGCUUCAGCAUCGAGUCCUGCAGGAGCAUGGUCGCCGUCAUGGACAGUGACAGCACAGGGAAACUGGGGUUCCAUGAGUUCAAGUACCUGUGGAACAACAUCAAGAGAUGGCAGGGUGUUUAUGUGAAAAAUGAUAAGGAUCGUUCUGGUGUGAUUUGCAAUCGGGAGCUGCCAGCAGUCUUCAAGGAUGCAGGUUUCCCUCUGAAUGAACAGCUCUUACAGAUGAUCGCCCGUCGCUACAGUGACGAGGAUUCAAACAUGGACUUCGACAAUUUCAUUGGCUGCUUGGUGCGACUGGACGCCAUGUGCAGAGCCUUUAAGACUCUGGAUAAAGACAACAGCGGCUCCAUCGACCUGGACGUCAAGGAGUGGCUCCAGCUGACCAUGUAUUCCUGAAGCGACCGGACGAGGGAGAUUCCCACUUCUCUUCUUUCCUCUCAUCCCUCACUUCCUCUCAUCCCUCACUUCCUCUCCUUCCCCUCUCUUUGUGUUUAACGAUGUGUGUUUAACUCCAUCGUCUCCAUGGUAACGGGACCAACAUACCGGCGCAGAGCUCAAGUCGAGGCAGAAAUCAAACUCCGGACCAAAGUCUUGCUGAAGCUGCAGCUGCAGUAACCCUCUGCUGCCAGGUGGCGGCGCUAUACGUUCUGGAUGAAACUGUUUGACUGUGAACUGAAUAAAGUUACACAACUGACAAACUGA